AUGGUUAACUCAGUGUCCAUUAUGAAGAAGGAAAGAGUUUAUAUCAGUAUUCUCUUUUGUUUACUGAUUUGUUUCAGCUUUAAUGAAGUUUCAGGGUUUUUAAUACCUUUGAGCAAAGAUGAUUUAACUCCGGCCCCCAGGCCCCACUCGACCUUCCACGGAGGGCGCAUCCUCACAUCGGCCACUACCAGAGGGAAGCCUCACAGAACUGUAGAUGAUGCACAGGUCAUUAACGAUGAUAUAGAAGAUAUAAAGUCUAUGGAAUCGGCAGCGAAUAACAAUCAUGCUAACUGGGAGGAAAUUAUGAUGAGAAGAGCUGCCAAUGAAGACAUCUUAGAGUACCCCGGUAGUGAUAAAAAAUUUCCAUCAAACUUUAAGUUGAAAUCGCUUUUAACGCAAGCCAUCAAGCGAGGACAAGACAUUGCGGCUUCUCAGGAAGCACCUGGUACGGAUAACCCCAAAGACGACACCCCAGGGGAAACCAGAAAGAAAUCUUCCGUUCGAGAUGAAAAGGAAUCACACUUACCUGAUCAUCAUCCUAGGACAAACGGUAACGGACUCGAACCGCGUGGCACAUCUACCUUACAAGAAACGAAGAGAAAUAUCGAGCCCACAAAUAUGGCGUCUGCUGAACCCCGGUGGAGGUUGGCUGUGGAUUAUGAAAGCGAGCCUCACCAUGAAGAUAAAAAACGAAGAAGAAAAUAUAGGAGGAAAGGAAGACUGGAAUCGCAAUCUCAGACUAAAAAUCCAGCGGAUGAUGGGUCCUCGAUGGCUGUUGUAGGACUUAUAGGAGGAAUGUUUCUGUUUAUGGCGAUUGGGGCUGUGUUUUAUCGCGUCUGGAGAAGUUUUAGGAAGGGAAUUAGACGAGAUCGAGGCAGUCUCGAACGAGGUAUAUCAUCAGACUCGAAGUGCAACAUCAAGCACGACAGGAAUGAAGAUGUCAUCUUUGAAAGAGAACCUAAAGGAUGGAACGAGGAGGAAGAUGAGGAAGAUCGCCCAGGUAAAAGGGUACGAUUAAAUUUGGAAGUUUCCCAACAUCCGCCGCUAAAAGAUACUCGCAGCCGAGUCGAGCAAUUAAAUGCGGAGCCCUCCGAUUCUUCGCAGCCGACCUCGUUAUCAUCCCUGUCUGCUCCAUCACUGUGUUCUUCCAUCGGUACGCCGCACUCCACCCCAACAAGUGGCUGUUCUGUGGAAUAUAUAACCCUCCUCGACUCUCAUAAAGAUUUUAAACUGAAGCCUUGGAUGCUGCAAUCCUCUGGAUAUUCCUCAUCAAGUGAUGCGAAGAUUACAGCUGAAACAGAACGAGACCUGGCGGCUCCACCUCAAUCGUCCACCAUUUCAGCAGCCUCUCGUCAACUGACAAGCAUUGUUACAAUGUAAACAGGUGGCUCUAACUCCUCCUCUGAGUCGUGCAAGACACCAGUAGCUGCCAGCAAUGAAGUCAUCAUCACAAUCAACGAUGACGACGAUUGCAAGGUGCCGUUGUUGUCUUCAGAAAAUGAGGGUUCAUCCGCUGAAGUGAUCUACGUUAGGGACGAUUUGACGACAGAAAGAGAUGAAGAUAAUGCUAAAAAGCGAUCGGGCGAACCACCCCUGCCUCCUGCUCAGACAAGCCCUCCAUCUUAUUCGACGGAUUUAGAAAAGUCAAUUAUAUCGGAUGAGGCAAUGAACAAGGAACGUGAUUUGAGGUGUAUCAAGCGUCGACGCAUAAUCCGUAAAUUUUUUUCACUGCGACUUCACACAUCUUUAUCAGAGAGUGUACCGCUGGCGCAGUCAGUCAUUUUACCACGACCUGUUGAUCCAAAGAAAGUGAAAAGAGACAAGGAAAGACUUAAAGUUAUAAAAGAAUUGUCAAAGGAACAUGUCAACCCUUCAUUUGAAGACGUGAUUCAGAUUGUGGCCUCAAUCUCUCGCUCGGUCGAGGUUACGAGAGAAUUGGAAAAACAAAAUGAUUUCAAAAGACAUUUGAUUUCCCUUGACACAAAAACCUUUCCAAUCAAGAAUAUGAUGCCCACUUUUGAAAUGGAUAUAAAGUUUGUCCGGAACGUGAUCUUUGGUCGGUUUGCUUUUGAUCAUGGCGAAAAUCCCCAGAUGGGAUGUGAGUGCUUCUACUGUGACAAUUACUGGAGUAAAGUAGGGGGACCACACUGCUCCUAUAUACCAAAGUAA